AUGUCGUCGAUCAGGAUUCGACUUCGGGUUAUUUCGAAAGCAAGGAUCAUUCUAUUUCACUGUGUACGGUCAAGGUCCGAGUGCGGGUUUUCCAGACCACAGUGCCCCCUAGUCAUGUCAACUCCCCUUCUUCCCUACCAGGUUCUGGGAGGCCUGGCUCUUAUCUAUGUUUCUUGGUCGCUGCUGAAGCUUCUUGGAGGGUUUUUGACUCCGAAAGGCCUUCGUCAUUUGCCAGGGCCUGCUCCGAAAUCUUUCCUGACAGGUUGUUUCGACGAUAUCUUUGACAAGAACAGUGGGUGGCAAUACCAUCAAUAUCUCGCAGAUCAUUACGGCUCUGUGGUUAAGAUUAAGGGAUUGCUCGGAGCAACGUGUCUAUAUGUUUACGAUCCAUUGGCUCUGCAUCAUAUUUUCGUCAAGGAUCAACAAUUCUACGAGGAAAGCGAUGACUUUGUGCAAACGAACCGUAUGUUCUUCGGGCAAGGACUUGGCACAUCUGUUGGCGAAAGGCACCGUCUUCAACGGAAAUUAGUCAUGCCCUCAUUUUCGAUUGCACACCUACGGGAGAUGGUAAACGUCUUCUACCAAGUUAGCCACCGCCUCCAUGUCACCUUUCAAGACCUCGGGAAGAACAGUGACCAACAGGUUGACGUUGUCGUAUGGAUGUCCCGCCUCGCUCUCGAGCUCAUCGGUCAAAGUGGCCUCGGGUGUUCGUUUGACACACUUACCACGGACACGCAGCCACAUCCUUUCGGGGUCGCAGCUAAGAUGCUUCUACCGUUAUCCUCCUCCAUUCCGCCCCUUCGACGGUUGCUCAUGCCCUGGAUCGGAAAGUUCGAACACUGGCCACGCCUCGGUCGAUUCCUCGUCGACCUGAUACCUGCCAAGUCCGUCGUCGACCUCACGUUCGUGGUUGAUACUAUUAACAAAACGGCUACCGAGAUUCUGGCAAGUAAGAAGGCGGCGAUUUUGACAGGAGAUGAGGCUGCCAAGGAUGAAGUCGGUCAAGGCAAGGAUCUGAUUAGUGCUUUGUUGAAGGCGAACAUGUUCGCACCAGAGAAAGAACGGCUCAAGGAGAACGAGCUCCUCGGACAAGUUGCGUCACUUACAUUCGCCGCUGUCGACACGACAUCGUCUGCUCUCAGUCGUAUUCUAUACCUUCUUGCCACGCACAAGGAUGUCCAGGAAAGGCUUCGCCAGGAAGUCAGGGACGCGCGCAAAGAGAACGGCGGUCAAGACCCCGACCAUGACACGCUCGUUGCCCUUCCAUACCUCGAUGCAGUCUGCCGCGAGACCCUUCGGCUCUACGCACCGGUCACUAAAGUGGACAGAGUCACAACCGCCGAUAUGAUCCUGCCUCUAAGCACCCCCAUCAAAGGCAUCGACGGCACUGAAAUUCAUUCGCUCUCCGUGCCCAAGGGCACCCAAAUCAUUGUCUCUAUCCUGGGAUCGAAUAGGAACCCGGAGCUGUGGGGCCCCGAUGCGAUGGAGUGGAAGCCUGACCGGUGGUUGCAGCCUCUCCCCGAAGUCUUAAUCAAAGCCCGCGUUCCUGGGAUUUAUUCACAUUUGAUGACAUUCAUAUCAGGAGGCAGGUCUUGCAUCGGGUUCAAAUUCUCCCAGCUUGAAAUGAAGUCGGUUCUUGCGACCAUCCUAGAGGACAUUGAGUUUUCCCUCGGCGAGAAAGAAAUUCACUGGCACAUGGGCAACGUCACGACUCCCACGACUGAUAUUAAUAGCGUCGCUCCCACCAUGCCUAUGAAGAUUCGAUACAUUGGCAAAGGUUCUGACUGA